UCUGGCUGAAGAAGGGUUGCUGGCCUGUCGGUGUAUGGCGCUCGGCCGCCCGUUGCGUCCCUUCCCCCAGGCUGGCCCCUAGCUCUGUUUUCGCCCCUUCAGGUGCAGCCCCGCGGGUGCUACCCGGGGACGCCUGCCUCAGGUGCCCCCGCCCCGACUAUGUCCAGAAGUCUUUGAAGUGAAAUCUCUGUUUAAUCUUUGGAUCACUUAAAAUUGUUCUUAGACAAGUUCUAUACGUUCUGUGACGUUUGACAGGUGUCUGUGUACCUGCCGUCCCUUAGCACCCGACCAGAUGGGACUGUCAGAAUAAGACUCCGGAGGGGGCGUGACGAAUAAAUCAGAAUAGUGAUCCUUGAAGAUAUGCAGCCGAUGUCCGGGAAGUGUGCACAACUUCUCCGCCGUGGCAACCUAUUGUGAGCAGAUCCCAGGGCUAAUGCUGCAUGCCCGCUGCUGCCUGAACCAGGAGGGCACCAUCUUGGGGCUGGAUCUGCAGAAUUGCUCUCUGAGAGACCCUGAUCCAAACAUUACUCAGGCACACACUGCUGUCAUCAUAGAGCUGCAAGCAAACCCUCUGCAGGCCGACCUGACCAACACAUUCCGGGGCUUCACACAGCUCCAGACUCUGGUACUUCCACAAGAUGUCAACUGUCCUGGGGGAAUCAGUGCCUGGAAUACUGUCAGCUCUUACACAGACAACCAGACCUGCCAAGGACAGAAGAACCUGUGUAAUAACACCCAAGCACCAGAUACGUGUCCUGAGAAUGGAUUUUGUGUACCUGAUGGACCAGGUUUCUCACAAUGUGUAUGUGCUGAUGGCUUCCACGGAUACAAGUGUAUGCGCCAGGGCCAGUUCCCGCUGCUUAUGUUCUUCGGGAUCCUGGGAUCCACCACCCUGGCCCUCUCUGUUUUGCUUUGGGGGACCCAGCGCCGAAAAGCCAAGAUUUCCUGAUGCGCAAAGGUCUUCCCUGCUGACUUUAGCCCAGGCAUCUAUGGCCAGCGUAUGCUCCUGGAGACUGAAGCCGCUGCUGGAAGGAAGAUGGGGGGAAUGCACCUGUGGACGCUCCUGGUCAAGAAGGGACCAGUACCCCCUUCCCAUGUGGGCGGCUAACUGUAGUAAUUACAAUAAACAUUCCGUUUCUCUUUUUA